AUGGGGAAACCCCGCAUGAUCAUAUUGAUCCGCCAUGCCCAAUCCGAGGGAAACAAGAAUCGCGACAUCCACCAGUUCAUCCCCGACCACCGAGUGAAACUGACCCAGCAUGGUUGGACACAGGCAGAAGAAGCGGGGCGACAACUGCGCUCUCUCCUCAAGCCAGACGAUACACUCCAGUUCUACACUUCACCUUACCGCCGAACGCGCGAAACGACAGAAGGCAUCCUCCGCACGCUGACCUCGGACGACCCCACGCCAUCGCCUUUUCCUCGCAACAAGAUAACCGUAUACGAAGAGCCACGGAUACGAGAACAGGACUUCGGCAACUUCCAGCCAUGUUCCGCCGAGAUGGAGCGCAUGUGGCAGGAGAGGGCCGACUAUGGUCACUUCUUCUACCGCAUACCUGAUGGCGAGAGCGCGGCAGACGCGUACGAUCGUGUCAGUGGCUUCAACGAGAGCCUAUGGAGAUCCUUCCAAGACGACAACUUUCCCAGUGUCUGCGUCCUGGUUACUCACGGGCUAAUGUCGCGUGUCUUUCUCAUGAAAUGGUACCAUUGGUCGGUUGAGUAUUUCGAAGACCUCCGUAACGUUAACCACUGCGAGUUCAUCAUCAUGAAGCGAAGCGAGAAUAACGGCCGAUACAUCCUCCAGAACGAGCUACGGACAUGGUCAGAACUCAAGCGCCGCGCUGCCAAGGAGAAAGAAGAGACCAAGAGCGCUACCUCAUCUACACCGAGCAGAGCUACACCCUUGACUGGAUUAGGUCAAACAGGAGCCACAUCGUCCCCUACCAUACCUACGCGCCGAUGGGGAGGAUGCGUCAACGGCUGUGACCAUGACAAGAUCAACUACCCCCGCCGACCAAUGCGCAAGAACACCAUGGAGUACAUGGGACAUCAAUCCCAGCAGCUGCCUCCCCCCGCAGUCACACAUAUGGAGCCAGUAGAAAGCGAACAGGAAGAUCACCCCGUCGCAGCGCCGCAGACUGAACAUGCUCCCAUCAUCAAUGAACCCUCACCGGCGAAGCUAUCGCGAAAACAGAGCACUAAGAAUAUCCCGGAAAUGCCACCAACACCAGCAUCUCCAAACGAUGCGUCCAACGAUGCUACGAGCAGUGAGGGCGAGGAAGCAGCUUCUUCCAUGUCGCGAUCGGGUAACCAUGCGCAACCGCGAACCGCUGCCGUCCUACGCCACUUGCAGCCCCAUAAGACACCAGGCGAGGGCUUCUCUGACGAUUCAGACUAUUUCCCAGGUAUGCAACAGGUUCACCACCGCAAGUUCCUCCGGGCAAGUUCAACACAGCGCAAGCAGUCCAAGGAACGCAAAUUGCAACGCAAGCAGACAGAGCAGAGCUGGAAGGAGGAAUCAGGCAUGGGCAACGGUGCCAGAACUGACAGACUAGGUGACGGCGAUGCCACUAGUGACGACGCUGCGUUCGCCAAGGAGAAGGAAGGAGAACCGAUCCUCGUGGAAGCGCUCAAGGGUAACAUGAUUGUCGAGAAGAGCGAGGAGGAGCGAGAAGCAAAUCACGAGUUUGGUAAUACCGAGACCAAGAUUGGAGAGACGGAGAUUGACAAGAUGCAAGAUGCGGAAAGAAAGGGCUUUGGUGAGGUGUAUUGA